AUGACGACGGCGACGACGAGGAAAGACGACAUCGGUCUCGUCCCGUUCAAAGACGUGUGCACUCUCUUGCACAGAAUUAAAACCUACCACCGCAAAGAAGGCGGGAAAGCGAAGAAGCACAUCGCCCGGGAGUAUCUGGACAAGUUCUUCGAAAACCAUUACCCGAGGUUUUUCAACGGCGGCGAAAGGAAAGACGCGUUUCGGUUGUACAGACUCUUAGCGCCGCAGGUAGUAUAA